AUGGGCACCAGAGGGCACCGUCUGAGCUCCACUGAGAUCUUCCUCUGCUUGCUGUUCCUCGCCCUGCUGCUCGUCUCCGGAGGACUCCUGGCCACUAGCUGGCUCUCCCUGCAGUCUAACAGCAAUGAGGACCAGGUGGACCUCAGAGGGACGUUGACCAUUCUGAGCGGAGCUGUGUUCACAGAGGAGCUUCUCAACAAGUCGACAGUGCAAUUCAAAGCGCUGGCGUUCGAUGUGGAGAACAUGGUGUAUGACGUGUUUGCUGAGAGCUCCAUAGUUGACCAGUUCAAGGCCUGUAUGGUUAAAGACUUCAGCAGGGGGAGUGUGGUGGUAACCUUUGACCUGGUCUUCUCUGGGACUGUGCAAGUGAAGGAAGUGCAGGAAGAACUGGUGGAUGGGAUCCAAGCUGGAGUGGGCAGCGCCCAUGGCGGACUAGUUAUCGACACUCACAGCAUCCACAUUACAGCCAACAUCUACAUCUCAGCCGCCAUCUACAGUUCAAUCAACAUCUACAGCUCAACCAGUGUCUACAGUUCAUUCAACAUUGACAGGUCAACCAGCAUCUUCAACUCAGCCAACAUCUACAGCUCAGCCAACAUCUACAAUUCAACCAGUGUCUACAGUUCAUUCAACAUCGACAGCUCAACUAGCAUCUUCAACUCAUCCAACCUCUAUUGCUCAGCCAACAUCUGCAGCUCAGCCAACAUCUACAUCUCAGCCGCCAUCUACAGUUCAAUCAGCAUCUACAGCUCAACCAGUGUCUACAGUUCAUUCAACAUUAACAGGUCAACCAGCAUCUUCAACUCAGCCAACAUCUACAGCUCAGCCAACAUCUACAAUUCAACAAGUGUCUACAGUUCAUUCAACAUCGACAGCUCAACUAGCAUCUUCAACUCAUCCAACCUCUAUUGCUCAGCCAACAUCUGCAGUUCAGCCAACAUCUGCAGCUCAGCCAACAUCUACAGUUCAAUCAACAUCUACAGCUCAACUAGCAUCUUCAACUCAUCCAACCUCUAUUGCUCAGCCAACAUCUACAGCUCAACCAACAUCUACAACUCAACCAGUGUCUACAGUUCAAUCAACAUCGACAGCUCAACUAGCACCUUCAACUCAUCCAACCUCUAUUGCUCAGCCAACAUCUACAUCUCAGCCGCCAUCUACAGUUCAAUCAACAUCUACAGCUCAACCAGUGUCUACAGUUCAUUCAACAUUAACAGGUCAACCAGCAUCUUCAACUCAGCCAACAUCUACAGCUCAGCCAACAUCUACAAUUCAACCAGUGUCUACAGUUCAUUCAACAUCGACAGCUCAACUAGCAUCUUCAACUCAUCCAACCUCUAUUGCUCAGCCAACAUCUGCAGUUCAGCCAACAUCUGCAGCUCAGCCAACAUCUACAGUUCAAUCAACAUCUACAGCUCAACCAGUGUCUACAGUUCAUUCAACAUUAUCAGGUCAACCAGCAUCUUCAACUCAGCCAACAUCUACAGCUCAGCCAACAUCUACAAUUCAACCAGUGUCUACAGUUCAUUCAACAUCGACAGCUCAACUAGCAUCUUCAACUCAUCCAACCUCUAUUGCUCAGCCAACAUCUGCAGCUCAGCCAACAUCUACAGUUCAAUCAACAUCUACAGCUCAACUAGCAUCUUCAACUCAUCCAACCUCUAUUGCUCAGCCAACAUCGACAGCUCAGCCAACAUCUACAGUAGCGAAUGCAUUCCCAUAGUGGAGUUCUGUGAUGGAAUGGUUGACUGCCCUGAUGGUGCUGACGAAGAUGAGCAACUCUGUGCCACGGUAUGUGAUGGACGCUUCCUGCUGCUCGGCCCAUCAGGCACCUUCCACUCCAAGAACUUCCCGCUCCCAUAUGAUGAGGACACCAUCUGUCGCUGGGUCAUACGGGUCCAGGAAGGGCUUGUCAUACAGAUAACAUUCAUGUCAUUUGAAACUGAAGAAGACAUAGAUGUUUUAAAGCUCUAUGAAGGAAUAGGAGGCAAGAAGAACCUGACUUACGUGCUAUCAGGGGACUCGGCCAGGAAAGUGCUGCUACUCUCCUCAGAGGUCACUGCUGAGUUCUCUUCCAACUUCAUCAACAACUUUGGUGGGUUCAAUGCCACCUACAGCGUGGAGGACAUCAACACCCUGUCCAAUGAGGAGAAGGUGAACUGCUCCUUUGAGGAGGACCUCUGCUUCUGGAGGCAGAACCAUGAUGAUGAUGGGGACUGGCUGUGGCUCAGCGGUCCCUCCUUCCCACUUUUCACGGGGCCCAGCUUUGACCACACCUUGGGAAACCAGUCAGGGCAUUAUAUUGUCACGCCGGGAAGCCCUUUCCAACGGGAGAGGAGUUUCAGAAUCCACAGCCUCCCACUGGCUCAUGCAAGCGAGUCCAUGUGCCUCAGUUUUUGGUACCACAUGUAUGGCGAGGAUGUGUGGGGCCUCCGGGUGCUAGCAGAGAGAACGACGGGUGUCACGGUGAUCUUCCAGAAAGAAGGCAACUAUGGAGACCAGUGGAACUAUGGAGAGACGACUCUGAACCACACGGCAGGAGUGAGGGUGGUGUUUGAAGCCCGGAAGAAGGGGGGCGUGAAGAAUGACAUUGCCCUGGAUGAUAUCGGCCUGGAAAGAGGCCCCUGUGUGGGGGGAGUCCACCCAGAGCCCACCCUCAUCCCUGGGCCCACCACCCCACCUAUUCUUCCACGUGACUGCGGGGGGCCCUUCGAGCUCUGGGAGCCAAACAGCACUUUCAGCUCUCCUCACUAUCCUAGUGCCUAUAGCAACGACAUCUCCUGUGUGUGGACUCUGCAUGCGGCUAAAGGGAAGAACAUCCAGCUACAUUUUCUGGACUUUGAUGUAGAGGCGACGUUUGACACGGUGGAGGUGCGGGACGGAGUGGGAGAGGGGUCCACUCUGCUGGGUGUCUUCACUGGCAGUAACCUGUUGAUUGAGGACCUGUUCUCGACGACCAAUGAGAUGACGGUGCUGCUGCUGACAGAUGACUCCGGAUACAGACGUGGCUUCCGUGCCAACUUCUCCUCUGGCUUUGGGCUUGGCCAGCCAGAACCUUGUGCAGCAGGGCUAUUCCAGUGUCUCUCCGGCAGCUGUGUCGCCAACACCAGCCUGUGCAACGGUCACCCAGACUGUGCUGAUGCCUCCGAUGAAGCUGAAUGUGUGCACCUCCUUCCUAGGCCUGGGAGCAGCACCGGGGAAGUGCAGUUGCAGGUGCGAGGCUCCUGGCACAGCGUGUGUUCAGAGAAUUGGAUCCCAGAGCUCUCUAGCUUCCUCUGUGGCUACCUGGGCUACCGAGCAGCAAACACCUCCACGGUACCUGUGUCUGAGGAAGAGGAAGACUCUUUCAUCACUGUUAUCCAAAGCGAGAACGGCACUCUUCAUUUCACCACAAGUAAUAAUUGUUCUGGUGGUGAAGUCAUAUCUAUAGAGUGUAACAACAGCCCAUGUGGCAUUCGAAUGACCUCAGAGGAGACAAGAGUGAGAGGAGCAGAAGAGGGAGAAAUCCAGGAUAACGUCCGAAUAGUGGGUGGAUCAGAUGUGCAGGAAGGAGCGUGGCCAUGGGUGGUUUCCCUGCACUGGAAAGGCCAGCAUGUGUGUGGAGCUUCACUGAUCGGCAGGGAGUGGCUGCUUACUGCUGCACACUGCCUCUAUGGGAAGAACCUGCACCUCUCCUGGUGGACAGCUGUCGUAGGUCUGCACUCGCAGUCUGGAGUCAACUCCCCGCAUGUGCAGAAGGUUCAGGUCGACCGCAUCGUCUUCAACAAGCAUUACAACAAGAGGACUAAAGACAGUGAUGUUGCCAUGAUGCACCUGGUGAAAAAGCUCAACUUCACAGACUUUGUGCAGCCGAUCUGCUUGCCAAAGAGUGGGCAGCACUUUGUCGAGGGAACGAGGUGCUUCAUUGCCGGCUGGGGAAGACUGUAUGAGGAAGGCCCUCAACCUGAAGUCCUCCAGCAGGCCAGCCUCCCUCUCAUUGGCCGUUCCCAGUGCCAGAGUCUCCUCCCCGAGUACAACAUCACAACCAGGAUGGUGUGUGCUGGACUCCCUCAGGGGGGUGUGGACUCCUGCCAAGGAGAUUCUGGAGGUCCCCUCAUGUGUUACCAUGGAAACAGCUGGCUACUGGUGGGUGUGACCUCCUUUGGAGUGGGCUGCGGGCAACCCCAGCGGCCUGGCGUCUAUGCCCUGGUCUCCCAGUUUGUGGACUGGGUGGCUGAGACCCGACGCUCUGUGAGCAGAGAUGUCAGAUAG